CCCCCGCGCCGCGCCUCCGCGCCUCGCCCGCCCGCUCCCCCUCUCUCUCCCGGCACUGCAGCACAGGCUCCACCGCAACGCGAAGCCCACACAGCCACUCCGGUCCGCCCCUCCUCUGGUCCGUCACGCUCGGCGGCUCCCCGGGGAGGCUCCUCUCUCCCUCCCGCAGCCUCACGCCGGGAGCGGGCGGCAGCGGAGCCGAGGGACCCGGGGUCGCCCCGCAGCCCGGCCGCCGCGCCUCUCCGCCGCCUGCCCCGCCGGUUGAAUAUUACAGCUUCACAUGCAGUUGGGUGUUUUCUACUGAUGUCCAAGACGCAACAGGUGUUCUAAACAGUAUUCAGCAGGUUCAUCUGCAGCAUAACAGCAAUCCUUCUUUGACAUAAGAUGGAGGAAACAUAUAAAGAUAGGACUUCAUUAGUGAAAGGGGCGAAAGAUAUUGCCAAAGAGGUGAAGAGGCAAGCAGUGAAAAAAGUGAGUAAAGCUGUUGAUAAAGCUCAGGAUGGCUACACACAGAGGUCCUACAACCGAUUCCAGGAUGAGGAAGAUGAUGAUGAUUACUAUGUCCAAGGAGGAAAUUAUGGUGCAGAAGCUAAUGAUGAUGAAGGAUCAAGUGAAGCAACUGAAGGGCAUGAUGAGGAUGAUGAAAUUUAUGAAGGGGAGUAUCAGGGAAUCCCCAACAUAGGGCAGGGCAAGGAUGGCAUGGUGGCCUUAGGUCAGCCUAUGCGUGAUGAAUAUAAGGAUCGUCAUGAACUGGAAACAGAGAGGAAAGCUGAUGAAGAAGAGCUAGCACAGCAGUACGAACUGAUAAUACAAGAAUGCGGUCAUGGUCGUUUCCAGUGGGCCCUCUUCUUUGUCUUGGGAAUGGCCCUAAUGGCUGAUGGGGUUGAAGUUUUUGUAGUUGGAUUUGUGUUGCCCAGUGCUGAAACAGAUAUGUGUAUACCUAAUUCUGGAUCAGGAUGGCUUGGUAGCAUAGUAUACCUUGGGAUGAUGGUGGGGUCAUUCUUCUGGGGAGGCUUGGCAGACAAGGUGGGAAGGAGACAGUCACUCCUGAUAUGCAUGUCUGUCAAUGGAUUCUUUGCCUUCCUGUCAUCAUUUGUCCAGGGCUAUGGCUUCUUCCUCUUCUGUCGCUUGUUUUCUGGAUUUGGGAUUGGUGGAGCUGUGCCAACAGUCUUCUCCUAUUUUUCGGAAGUGCUCGCUCGGGAGAAACGAGGCGAACACCUGAGUUGGCUCUGUAUGUUUUGGAUGAUUGGCGGCAUCUAUGCUUCUGCAAUGGCUUGGGCAAUAAUUCCUCAUUACGGAUGGAGUUUCAGCAUGGGAUCUGCCUACCAAUUCCACAGCUGGCGAGUAUUUGUGAUUGUCUGCGCACUGCCCUGUGUCUCUUCUGUGGUAGCCCUCACCUUCAUGCCAGAAAGCCCACGGUUCUUGCUGGAGGUUGGAAAACAUGAUGAAGCUUGGAUGAUACUCAAGCAAAUUCAUGACACAAACAUGCGAGCUCGUGGUCAGCCUGAGAAAGUCUUCACGGUUAACAGAAUCAAAACUCCAAAGCAGAUAGACGAGCUCAUAGAAAUAGAGAGUGAUACGGGGACUUGGUACAGGAGGUGUUUUGUUAGAAUUCGCACAGAGCUAUAUGGUAUUUGGUUGACUUUUAUGAGAUGCUUCAACUACCCGGUGAAGGAUAAUACAAUCAAGCUUACAGCUGUAUGGUUCACCCUGUCUUUUGGCUACUACGGCUUAUCUGUCUGGUUCCCCGAUGUCAUUAAACAUCUGCAGUCAGAUGAGUAUGCAUCCCGAGUGAAACAUUUCCGCAAUGAGGAGGUUUCACAUUUUGUCUUCAACUUCACGCUGGAAAAUCAGAUUCACAGCAAUGGAGAAUACAUCAAUGACAGGUUUAUUAUGAUGAAGUUUAAAUCGGUAACCUUUGAAGAUUCACUUUUUAAGAACUGUGUGUUUGAAGACAUUACUUCACUGAACACAUACUUCAGGAACUGUACUUUCGUGAAUACCACCUUCUACAACACAGAUCUCGAGCAAUAUAAAUUUGUUGACAGUGAACUGAUAAAUUGCACGUUUUUCCACAUCAGGACAGGAUGCCAGAUUUCUUUCGAUGAUGACUACAGUGCCUACUGGAUUUACUUUGUUAAUUUCCUGGGAACUUUGGCAGUGUUACCGGGGAAUAUUGUGUCCGCUCUCCUGAUGGAUAGAAUUGGACGGUUAACGAUGCUAGGUGGUUCCAUGGUUCUCUCUGGCAUCAGCUGUUUUUUUCUCUGGUUUGGGACCAGUGAAUCCAUGAUGAUAGGUAUGCUGUGCCUCUACAAUGGCCUCACCAUCUCAGCGUGGAACUCUCUGGAUGUCAUUACUGUGGAGCUGUAUCCUACAGACAGAAGGGCAACAGGCUUUGGCUUUUUGAACGCUCUGUGCAAAGCAGCAGCUGUACUUGGAAACUUAAUAUUCGGUUCCCUUGUUGGUAUCACCAAGGCAAUCCCUAUUCUCCUUGCUUCUACUGUUCUAGUAUGUGGAGGUCUGGUAGGACUUCGGCUUCCUGACACAAGAACCCAGGUGUUGAUGUAACUGGAAAAAGCCAUUUACUAUUUAUUUCCUCCUUCGUACAAAUGUCAACUCUCCCGACUGAUGGUGCAAAGGCUUCAGAUUCUCAACACUUAGUAGUGUGCUCAGAUGUCAGAAAUCAAACUCAAAAGAUACUUUGGAGUGGCAGAGAUUUAGAAACCUCUGUAUGAAAGUUUUAAAUUUUACUUUUGUUUGCUUGCAUACAUUGCUAUUCAAAACCACUUAACUUCAAACUGCAAAGCUACCUCUUAAAACAUUUUCACUGACAUGUCCAGGAACAUAAAAAACAUACUGAUAAUUAGAUAUUUAAAAUGCAAGCAGUCGUAUUAUAUAAAAAUACAUGCUAAAUUUGGCCUUGGCAUUGUGAGCUUUUGUGAUAUUACAGACAUGCAAGUCAAUUACUUAGCAAUAUUGGUGCAGAGAAUGUUAAUAUUACAUGUAUCAAUGCAUGCAGCAUUAAUUGGGAAACACUACAGUCUGCAUCAGUAGUGAGAAUACUGACCUUCUGCAGCUGUGCUUAGAAGGUAAAAACUUGUGGCAAUGCCUAUUUCUUGGGAAACCUUUUUAGGUAGAUUCAAUCUAAAGUAAAAAUUACCAGCUACACCCUAUAUUUGCUGAGGAGAAGGCAACAGCUACUGCAGGGAGAUGAAAAGCCCAUAUGGGUGAGCAGCAAAGCGAAUAACAAAAUAAGCACUUUGGCUCUUUGCUGCUGACCUCCCAGAAGAAUUUAGUUUUCUUCUCACUCAUGGCAUCUGUAAUAUUUUUGCCAUUUUAAUCUGGGAGUAAAUCAAUGCACAUAUUUAUGUUGUUUUAAGUAUGAAUAAAGGAAGAAUCGGGCCAGUGAACUAUCUGAAAAGUAAGAUGCUUUCAGAAAGGUUUGUUUGGUAUUUACAUUUCUCAUACAUUUUUCUUUGUCACAGAACGGUUAUAAAAAUAUGUGGCUGUAGAAUGCCACUUAGUAAAUUUAGUCAUGUAAUAAUUUCAAUAUAGAGUAUAAUGUAAUGAAAACAUCUCAAAAGAUUUUUUAAAAAUUAUAUCAAAACAAAGAAAAGCAAUAAUAAAAACCACCUUCAUUAUUUUCACAGUUGAUACACUUCUUUAUAUAACCAUUUUCUCACCUGAUUUUUAAUAGUUUUAGAGAUAUCUCACCAUUUAACACUUUCAAAUAUCUCUCUGAAAGGCCAUUAAGAAACAAGCCAUGGCAAGGCUGCAGGGAGUGGUAAUGUCUUUAUUAGACCAAGUGCAAGGAUGGAGAGUAAAUGAUAGUAAAUAUAUUCCUCCUAAGCUGUAUGCUGUGGACUGUUGUGGAUUACGGUAAAGAGUUCCCCACCAUUCCUGCUCUGCAAAAGGCUAUGGGAUCUCUUUCAAAUGUUAGCAUUAAAAAUGAAAUAGAAAUACAUCUAUAAAGUUAGCAGACAAAAGGGGCAUAUCCUUUGAUAACAGAAAUUGCCAUUGCUUUCAGUGGAACUAAGGCAACUUUUAUCAGCUGAUGAACUACCUGCAGUUUCAAGUUUCAAAGAACAAAUCUGGUAUAAAAACAUAUGGGGAAAUUUAUCAGUAUUUUUUCUAAUUAUGUCUGACAACAUUUAUUAGGUGGUUGAAUCAUUGCCAAAGAAAUUAGGCUUUCAGAUAAGGUAAUCAUGUAGUAGGGUAGAUUAUUGUUGUUGUUGUUACUUUUUUGCUUGCUCGUGUAUAUGAACUUAGCUUGGGUAGUAAUAUCUAUCACCGCAUUCUGUGUCAGUCAUCAUCUUAGUUGUAUUGAAAGAGUCAGCAAAAGUCCACAUAAGAAGAUCAUUCAUUACAUUUAAAUUUCACUCUUUAAUUUACUGAUUCUAGAAGUUAAAUCUUUUCAGUUAUUAACAAAUGCUUGUGCUGCACAUUGCAACACCAAAGUGUUAGCCCAAGAUGUGGUUUUCUGCUUUUAACAAUUGAGAAAAGUGGCUGAAUUUAACAAAAAAAAAAAAAAAAAAAAAGUAUGGAAAACUAGUGGGGAUAUUUUUUUGAUAUUGAUAAUUUAAAUAUGUUAUAGUAAGAAACAAAGUUUAGGAAGUGUCUUUAUUUUGCAAUAUAAACAGUCAAGAUAUUUGAAAUGAAAUAUUUUAUAUUUAAAACUGA